GAACGGCCAGAGUGACAUGGGACAAGGUGAAAGUAAAAAUGCUGAGUAUAUCAAGUUGCUGAAAACCUUGCUGAAAGCAUCAGGAGUGAAAGUCAAAACUCAGACUUUUCGAGAGCUCUUUACAUUUGUUGAAAAGCACUGCUAUUGGUUCCCAGCUCAGGGAACAGUUGACUUACAACAGUGGCAUGAGGUGGUUAGAUGUUUGCAGGUUGCUCACCGGCAGGGAGAAUUUAUUCCCUUGUCUCUGUGGUCCUUGUGCAAUCUGAUCAGCUUGGCUUUGAAGCCCUUGCAAGGUGAGGAGGUGACAUCCUCUGAGUCAGAAAAGGAGAGCGAGGCUGAGGACCAAAGGGGCUGUGAGAAGCAGAGAUUCAAGGACCGUCCCCCUCCCCGAUCUAAAAGUUCUGGGUCAGUGAGACAGUUAGGAGGACUGCCCUCUCCUCCUCUAGCAGUAAUGAACUUACCUCACCCUGAGCAGGAGAAACCUGCCCCAACCGCCCCUGCUCAUCCUGCUUUGGAUCACAAUGCUAGAUUCCACCAGAGUGCUUUGCUGAGAGGCAUCCGACAAGCUCAGCGAAGCGGGGAUGUGGAGGCCUAUGGGGUAAGGCCUUUGGUCGCCCCUGUGACUGUGACCUCUUUUGGCCCAGGAGAGACACCAGCGGUUACCUUCCAGACUGGGGAAGCCUGGCUAUGGCGAAACGGGUGCGAUGUGAUUGUGACCCACCGGUGGAAGAAAUGAGGAAUCUGACUCUGAGGAUGGCUGUCGGCCCCACACUGAGAACCAGACAGGCUCACCCUCCGACUUGGGGACAACUGAAGAAGCUGAACCAGGAAGCCGAUAAAAUCCUUGUUAGGACGGGAAAACCCAAGACUGCUGUUACCAUGUGUUUAGCGAUGUUAGCCGUGCUUGAAAUGAGUGUAAGUGUUGCUGGUAAUCAUGUAUAUUGGACUUUUGUACCAAACCCUCCUUUAUUGCAAUUUGUACAUUGGCAUGAACCCUCUCCUUUACUGUUUGUGAAUGAAACAUCUUGGUUGCCUGGUCCAUGGGAUCCCAAAGGACCAGAGCAUGUGAGCGAAGAAGGUAUGCCCUUUAAUGCUACUAUUUGGCCUCAGGGUCUGCCUAUAUGUUUUGGGAAUAAUUCAAAUUGCUUAAAUUUAAAUUAUCAAGCCUGGAUGGCCGCUUCUUCUAAUGGUACUCAAAAACCUAUAAUAUUACAUGUACUAUCUGCUUAUUCCUUUCAGUACAGUUAUAAUCAUAUAAUCAAUUAUUCUUAUCCUUCUAUGCCUUUUUGUCAAGUACGUAAAUCAAGUAUUGGAGAAAAUUGGAUCCAAUGGGAAAAAUGCCGAGGGAGAGAAGCUUUUGUGUUACUUAAUACCUCCUAUGGAAGGGUCAUUGAUAUCAGCCCCAAAGGGCAAGCAUGGAGCCGUAACCACCCCCUCAAAUGGCAAAUUGAAGACAAUAGCAACACAAUUAGUACUUCAGCAAAAGAGAGCUUUAAAUGGCAUGGAAUGGGAAUGGCAGCUCCUUUCCCAUUUCUUGAAGGGUCUCUAGGCCAAUCCCAAAUAUGGAAAAUUCCUGUAGCAUUAAAACCUUUACAUGGCUGGAAUGCCAAAUAUACUCACGCAGGUAAUUAUACAUUGACCCUCACUAAAAAUGCAACCAUCUUCGUGCGCACCUGCGUACGACCCCCCUACGUCUUCUUUAUUGGAAAUGUCUUGGGAAAUACAUCUUUCAAUUUGGUAGGAAGAUUGUUCAUGUGUCUCAACAGGUCUACUCCUUUUAAUCAUAGCCAAGAUUCCAUUUAUGUUCUCAGAAGCCGAUCGUCUAUCUGGAUUCCUACUCAAUUACAUAGGGAAUGGCAACAGACGGCUGUUUUAUAUACAGUUAAAGAAGUGCUUACAAAAUUAUUGCAUAGAGCUAAGAGAAUGAUUGGUAUCCUCAUUACCCUUAUUAUUGGAUUUAUUAUGAUUUUGACUACAGCGGCAGCCGCUGGGGUCUCCUUACAUCAGAGUGUACAGACUACUCAUUUUGUGCAAGAUUGGCAUAAGAAUGCCAGCCAUCUAUGGAGCACUCAAAGCCAACUGGAUAAGGAAAUAUUAUCUGAGCUAGCUGACUUACAACAAGCCGUUAGGUGGUUAGGAGACCAACUUAUGGUGGUAAAGACACGGGGCAGCCUCCCAUGUGAUUGGAAUUAUACUACUAUCUGUGUCACCCCCUUUAAGUACAAUCAUAGUAAUGAAACAUGGGACUUGAUAAAAGACCAUCUAACGGGAUCUCUCAAUACUACUGCACUGAUGAAACAGUUGCAUGAUAACAUUGAGCAGACGUUUUCAAACCCGGUCUCAAUGAUAGGGGGUGCUGGUGUCCUAGAAGGCAUGCUUGCUGGGAUAACUGAUCUAAAUCCUUUAAAAUUCAUUAAGCCUUUGGGCGGAGGAAUGCUCUUUUUAGCAUUUGUACUGAUCUGUGUUUGCUUAUUAUUGUGCCUAGUCUUCCAUCAAGCAAGAAGAAGAAACCAAUGGGAACAGCGGCAGUUGAACUUGGCUGCUCUAUUUACAAUUAAAACUGCUUUAAAGAAAAAAGGGGGAACUGUUGGAGUCUGAUACAAUGGAGUAUUAGCAGAAGUUAAAGUAUGUGCCUUUAAGACUGGAAAACCAGUCAGACGAAGCCGGAACACUGGCUGAGUCAAAAGCUCAACGUGCUUUUGCUUCUGUCACCAGUCCAAAAACAUAGCAAGAAACAUUAACGGGGGAAAACAAGAACCUCUUCAGAAAGCAGUUCUGGGUGUAUCUGUAGCACUAUUAUUGAUGAGGACAUUGUUUUAAGCAAGGAACCAUCACGCUGUGUGGAUUUGCUUGGGUGCAUUUUUCUAAUAAAAAUGUGAUGUCGCUUUGAUUUGGAACUCUCUUGUACCUGUGGCCUUGACCCCCUGGUCCCACUUCUCUUUCUCUUUAAUUCUCUUCUCAAUUCAUUCAGCUCCUCUGUGUUGGUCCAGUUCACCAAGCAUGUUCCAACAACACAUAUCCCUUCUUGAUCUCACUGCCCUAUAUUCAUGUCUCUAUAGACACUUAUUCUAAGAUACUUCAUGGCACCCUUCUGAAGGCCCAGACUGCUGCUCAUGGCACCACCGAUUGCCUCACUGCAUUCACCUCUCUUGGAUUUCCACAACAAAUUAAGACUGAUAUAGGCUCUGCUGGGUUUGGCACUGUGGCGCAGCAGGUUAACACCAUGGCCUGAAGCGCCGGUAUUCCAUAUGGGUGCUGGUUCGAGAUCUGCAGCUUCACUUCCAAUCUAGCUCUCUGCUAUGGCCUGGGAAAGCAGUGGAAGAUGGCCCAGGUCCUUGGGCCCCUGCACCUGCGUGGGAGACCCAGAAGAAGCUCCUGGCUCCUGGCUUCUGAUCAGCACAGCUCCAGCCAUUGCAGCCAAUUGGGGAGUGAACCAAUGGAUGGAAGAUCUCUCUCUCUCUCUGCCUCUCCUCUCUCUGUGUAACU